AUGCUUUUUCCUACUGGAUAUAAUUCAGAUCAACCUUCUUCUGAAAAAUUCUGUGAUUAUGAUCAAUGUUCAAUUUUAUCUGACACAGAAAGUUCACGGCAGGUUUUAAUCUGUGGUCAUGCAUAUCAUAGUGAUUGUUUAAAAACUUUAAAUUUCAUAUGUUUACCUUGUAUACAUUAUUUUUGUGAUGGAAUUAAAAAACUUUCUCAAAGUUUUAUAGAUAGAUUAUCAAAAGGAAUAUCAGAAGAUUUACUUAUUUUAGAAGAAGAAGAUGAUAGGAUUACAGAUGAAGAUAAUAAUAUGUUUGAAGAUGAAAUAGGUGAAAACAUAUUAGCACAAGAAAAAUUCUUUCAUUCUUUAUCUUUAUUUUAA